UUCAGUGGUAUAUCUAGUGGCCGCUUAAGUUCUGAUAAUGUUUGGUUUCGAAACUUUAAUGUCGCGAUUUACUUGGAGAACUCAUUUCGUGAUGCUGCUGUUAGCUGUGUUUAUUAUCAAGAGGGAAACUGUACACUGGUCAUACAUGGGAAAUGCGGCCAAUAUUUCACGACAGCAAUAUAAAAUUGUCUCUCGUAAUGGUUCUAUCGGACUAAGGAUGAACAGGGACUUCAUUCCGGCGAAGCUCGGACUUCUCAGGUCCGCUAUUGAAAGAGAUCCGUUUGAAACGUGGUUUUUUAAAAACCGAUUUAAGUCCAAAGUAGAUUUGCUCAUGGCCUCCAAACCUUGGAACAGCGGCGUAUUCCAACGAAAAGGCACCACAAGUCGCCUCAAAAAUGUAAUCCUACGAUCGCUUCAGGGUGAAAACAUUGGCAUCGCUAUCAUGGGUGGAUCAAUUUCUGCAGGUGCCGGUCUGACGUAUGAUGGUGAAGACCUAAGAGGCCUGUAUUACCGAGUUUUUAGUGACUGGUGGCGCAAAAUAGUGCUGCCACUCACAGGGUCUAGCAUAAAACUUAGUAAUCUUGCUAUGGGUGGAACCAGCAGCAACUUUUACGCUUUUUGUUAUAGCGUUUUUUUAAACCCUGAAACUGAUAUGGAUCUCGCGUUUCUUGACUUCACCGUGAAUGACUAUGUUCAGUUUAAAAACUGCAAGUUUCCAAUGGCCCUACCAUUAGAACAACUUACUAGAGAAGUCUUGAGCGAAGGAAGUUCACCCGCCGUUAUGUUCGUUAAUUUUGUACAAGGUGAUGUAAAACGUCCAAAAUGUGAAAAUUUGGAGAACCACGGACAGACACUUCUCGCUAAACACUACGGAAUAACAACGUUUAGUUUGCGAAAGUUUCUAUGUUCAGGUUUUUCAGCAAAACAGAAAAACCUUUCCAAAAUGUUUGCAACUGAUGGCAAUCACAUCAGCAUAAUAGGCCACGCUCAGAUGGCUUUUAUGAUGAUAAACCAUGUACGGCAAUUAAUGCUUAAUGUGCUUGACGGCUUGAUGACUACCAUGAAAGGGAAAGUAACUGCUGAAAAACUGUCGCUUCCAUCAAUCGGUGAUAGAAUAAUAUUACCAGACUGUCCUCUGAAAUUUAAAAAUCUUCCAGAAACUUUGUUCAAGAGCUACUGUCAAAAUCUUUGCGAACACCCCAGGUGUUUCACCCAAAUAACACCCGACUGUACUUCAAACAUUACGGCAAAUCAAAGUCUGCAAGUUAAUGCAAUCGGGACUUUUGGAUUUGAGGCGAUUCAGAAAGUACCUAUUAAUAGUGUGUUAUUACCUAAUGCCACAUGUGAAGCUAAGCAACGAAGCCUAGAAAAUCAUGAUCAGCAAUUUAAUGAAAUUCAGACUCACAGAACAGAUGCAUAUGGGGGAUGGAAGUCCAAGUCUAAAAACUCUAUGCUGGAAUUGGAAAUACUAAUACCGUUCACGUCUCUCUCAAAGCAGUGCAUUAUGGAAGGUGAAACUCCGGCAAGAAUGGUGGCAAUAGCUGUUCGAACACGUGGUAAUGGUGGACAGGCAAAAGUGUGGUUAAAUGAACACGAAGAAAGAGGAGUUUUGAUCAGCAGUUAUUCACUGUUUAGUCACACUAAACUACACACUAUUGCUAGUCACGUGAUGCCCGGGCGGCAUGUGAUUAGCAUCAGAACAGAAACCCCAGGGGUAUUCAUUUUGUCGGGUGUUAUGGUUGGACCGACUCACAAAUGAUAAAUCCCUGUGAUGUGAGAUU